AUGAGACUGUUUAAAUUGGUCGAUACCCACCAUCAUCAGCACCACCACCACCAACAUCAUCAUCAAAAUCGGGUCAACCAUUUGCAUACAAUAUUUUAUGAACAACUGAGACACACUGGACUGGCACUGGACUACAGUAUUUUUGGCAAUUUUAUUGUAUGGCUAAUGUUUGACAAAUCAAACGUUUCACUGUAUACGAAAAUACUGGAUCCGUCACUGGCCAACAAUGUCGGCCAGGAGUCAACUCGUACUGUCCUAUCGAUGACCUACGACUGUAUGACCUAUGAUCGCGAUAUAGCAUUGGCUGUCGAUUGGAUACACUAUUUAUUGUAUAUACCGGUUUGCAAUGAAACUAACAGAAAUUUUGGUCUAAUGGCUGUUAGACUGUUGGCACCGGUAGCUAUGGUACAGAUAUACAACAGUGACAAACCGGUCCCAAGAAUCAGCGAUAUCAGAGUUGAUCCACAGGUUUCGCUAGUAUUUUGGACAGAAUUUUCCUACAAUAGUAUACAAAUGACACCCAGAGUUAUGCGCUCAACACAGGAUGGCCAUCAUAUUAGAGUGAUAGCCGAGGACAGGGAUGCCAUUGCCAAGUCGUUGACACUGGAUAUUCAUAACAGACGUGUUUGUUGGCUAACAAGUUAUCGUGAGUCGCGACAACUAUCUGUAGCAAUGUUAGUCUGUGUCGGCUAUGACGGCACUGGCAAACAAGUCUAUACCCAUUUGAAUAGUUAUUUCAAAAAUAUUAAUCCCAACAUUAAUAUACUAAACGGUAAUAUCUAUUGGAUUAGCGAUUUAGGCAAAUCAAUAUCAAUGAUACCUAUUAGUAGUAGUAAUGAACACUUUCCGUCAAUAAUAAUGGACAGUAAUUAUAAUAUCGGUAUAAAUCAGUUUAGAAUCGUUGACCGUUCCCUACAAUCGCUGGGUAAGGAUCACUGUACAGAUCAUAACUGUUCCCAUAUGUGUGUUCCGACACCAGAUAAUACAAUGGGUUAUAGGUGUAUGUGUCCAACUGGUCGGGUAGUUUGGAACGGUAGUCAAUGUUUGGAUAAAAUUGAGUUAACAAACAAAAUAAUUAUGUUUAACUAUACUACUAAUAUGAUAACCAAUAAGUCAUCGCAUUUAUGGCAUAACUAUAACAAACACAUAAUACUAUUAUCAUUAUUAUCAGUACUAAUCCAACUAUCAUUACAUGAUAUAACUGUAUGA